UUGGAAGACAUUAGUAUGAAUUGAGAGAAUUCAUAAAACGUUAAAUGUUAGAUACAUUUCAAUAUAUGUAUUUGAAGAACUUUGAAUAUACAAAAGAAAUAAAUUGUAUAUCUGUUGAAUACAUGAUUUGAAGUCUGAAAAUGUUGUGUAAAAGAUAUGAUUGAAUAAUUUUGAAGCAGAAUGACUGGAGCAAAUCAUUCAUCAUCGUCAAAAACUCACAGUCAUCAAAUGGUACAAAAUAUUUUAAAUUCUAAUGAAUUGGAAUUCUAUGAACUUGCCUGUUCCAGUGGCUUGACAAUGAAUCCACAAGUGUUCAAAAUACUGGUAGAUUUAAUUAGAUUAGACGUUUCACCUUCUGCCAUCUUUACUAUGUUGGAAAAUAUGUCAACACUCUCCACUCUCUCUAAUCAAAGUAAAAGUUCUGGGACUUCACGCACCAGUUCGUCACAGACUCACAAGCAGAAGCGUGAAAUUGGCAAAACCAAAAAAGGAAGCACUAGUCAAGAUGUCUAACAGAUUAAUUAUUUUAAAAUGUGCAGUUAACAAAAAAUAACAAUAACAUUUAUCAUUGCACCACAAAAGCACAGCAAUUGCACUGUCAAGUGCUCAGCAUCAUCUCAAAUUAUUGAAGCAUGGCACUCUAACCUUUCAAAACAAUUCAAUUGUUAUUUUAAAAAAACUGAUUUUAUUUUAUAUGAUAUUUAUAUUCGAGUCUUACUCCUUAUAAUAUUGACUUAUGA